GGCUCCCGGAGCCGGCGUGGGGCUCAGCGCUCAGACCUCGGUCCCCCGCCUCUGGCCGAGCCUUGAGAACGCGGAGCCUCCUCCUCCCUCCCUCUCUGCCGCCGCCGCUGAGAACAGCCCUCGCCCCGCCCGCGGGGGCGGCCCGCACCGCGGCCCCUCCUCGGGGGAGGCCGGGUGCAUGGUCAGGCACUGCGGGGCAUCGUGGUCCCCGGCCUCGCCGGCAGAGCAGCUCCUGGGGGCCAGUUUAGGUUACUGCUGAUUUGAUCCCCUGGAAUCUGCAAGAGGAAAGUCUGCCAGCCUCUGAAUAGCUUUGCAGUGUAACAGGAGUGGAGUUCCUGAGCAUAAUUGCUGAGAGAUAUGUGAACCAGCAGAACCAAGGCUAAGUGCAUCCCUGUUUCUGCCUCAGACCUGGGCUCUUCUCCUGGCACAGUGUGUGUGUUGGGGGGGGGGGGGGUGAACACCCUCUUGGCACCUGGUGAUGAUGUCUGUGGAAGGGUCUACAAUAACAAGUCGGAUCAAAAAUCUCCUUCGCUCCCCAUCCAUCAAGCUGAGAAGAAGCAAACCCGGGAGCAAACGUGAAGAUAUAGGCAGCAAGGUGACUUUGGAGAAGGUGUUGGGGAUAACUGUGUCAGGAGGCAGAGGAUUAGCCUGCGACCCCAGAACUGGCCUCGUUGCUUAUCCAGCAGGGUGUGUUGUUGUGCUGUUCAACCCUAGAAAAAAUAAGCAACACCAUAUUCUAAACAGUUCCAGGAAAACAAUUACAGCACUUGCUUUCUCGCCAGAUGGAAAGUACUUGGUUACAGGAGAGAGUGGGCACAUGCCAGCAGUCCGGGUCUGGGACGUGGCUGAGAGAACCCAGGUGGCUGAGCUCCAGGAGCACAAGUAUGGAGUGGCCUGCGUGGCCUUUUCCCCCAGCUCCAAGUACAUUGUGUCAGUGGGGUACCAGCAUGACAUGAUUGUUAACGUGUGGUCAUGGAAGAAAAACAUCGUGGUGGCAGCCAACAAAGUCUCAAGUAAAGUGACAGCCGUGUCCUUCUCAGAGGACUGCAGUUACUUUGUCACUGCUGGGAAUCGACACAUCAAGUUCUGGUACCUGGAUGACAGCAAAACUUCCAAGGUCAAUGCCACAGUCCCCUUGCUGGGUCGCUCAGGAUUGCUUGGAGAACUGAGGAACAACUUCUUUGCAGAUGUAGCAUGUGGAAGGGGGAAAAAAGCUGACAGCACCUUCUGUAUCACAUCCUCAGGCCUGCUCUGUGAAUUCAAUGAAAAAAGGCUGCUAGACAAGUGGGUAGAGCUCAGGACCACUGUGGCCAACUGCAUCUCAGUGAAUCACGACUUCAUCUUCUGUGGCUGUGCCGAUGGCACCGUGCGGAUUUUUAACCCUCUGAACCUCCACUUUGUCACCACUCUGCCAAAGCCACACUUCCUGGGGACAGACAUCGCCAGUGUGACCGAGGCCAGUCGUCUGUUCUCUGGUACAGCUGAUGCGAAGUAUCCGGACACCAUUGCCUUGACCUUUGACCCCACCAACCAGUGGCUGUCCUGUGUGUACAAUGACCACAGCCUGUAUGUGUGGGAUGUCAAAGACCCGAAGAAAGUGGGCAAAGUGUACUCUGCUUUGUACCAUUCCUCCUGCGUGUGGAACAUCGAGAUGUAUCCAGAGGUGAAGGACAACAAUCAGCCAUGCCUCCCCCCUGGUUCCUUCAUCACCUGCUCCUCUGACAACACCAUUCGCCUGUGGAACACCGAGAGCUCCAACAUCCACGGCACAGCCCUGCACCGCAACAUCCUCAGCAAUGACUUGAUGAAAAUCAUCUAUGUAGAUGACAACACUCAGGUGCUUCUGGACACUGAUUACAACUCAGCAGGGAGUGCAGACAAAGCUGAUGCACAAGCGAUGGACACGAAGGUUGGGAUCCGCACAGUCUGUGUGAGUCCCAGUGGUGAGCACCUGGCCUCAGGGGACAGGAUAGGCACCCUCAGGAUAUAUGAGUUGCAGUCUCUGAAGGAAAUGCUGAAGGUGGAAGCCCAUGACUCUGAGAUCCUGUGUCUGGAGUACUCCAAACCUGACACAGGCUUAAAGCUCUUAGCCUCAGCCAGUAGGGACAGAUUGAUUCAUGUUUUGGAUGCUGGAAAGGACUACAGCCUGCAGCAGACCCUGGAUGAACAUUCUUCUUCCAUCACUGCUGUGAAGUUUGCAGCUAACGAUGGAAAAGUGAGAAUGAUAAGCUGUGGGGCAGACAAGAGCAUCUAUUUCAGAACUGCACAGAAGACAGGAGAAGGGGUUCAGUUUACCCGAACACAUCACAUUGUUAGGAAGACCACUCUCUAUGACAUGGAUGUGGACCCCAGCUGGAAAUACGCAGCUAUCGGAUGUCAGGAUCGUAACAUCAGGGUUUUCAACAUAAGCAGUGGGAAGCAGAAGAAGCUUUACAAGGGUUCCCAAGGUGAAGAUGGCACCCUCAUCAAAGUGCAAACAGAUCCCUCUGGUCUCUAUAUAGCAACCAGUUGUUCAGACAAGAACCUCUCCAUCUUUGAUUUCUAUUCUGGCGAGUGUGUUGCAACCAUGUAUGGACAUUCAGAGAUUGUAACUGGGAUGAAAUUCAGUAACGACUGCAAACAUCUGAUCUCUGUUUCUGGUGACAGCUGUAUCUUCAUCUGGCGUCUGAGCUCCGAGAUGACCCAUCAACAUGCGCAGCGACUCUCUGACAUGAAGCAGAGAGGGAAGCAGGCAGAAAAGUCUCCUCCGCACAAGGCAGCUGGACUUAUGAGGCAUGAGUCCAUCUCUGCCCUGUCUUCUAUGCCUGCACUCUCAUCAGACAGUGACAAGGAUGGUGAAGAUGAAGGGAAUGAUGAAGAUGAGUUACAUGGCCUGCAAUCUUUCCAAAUUCAGUCCAGCUGCAACACUGAGAGAGAUUCAGAUCCAGACGUUACCCUCUCAAGAAGCCUUUCCCAUUGGGAAAUGAGGAGGGCCAAAGAGAUAGCAGCAAUCCAGCGCUCAGAGGCACCAAUGGCCAAGCUGCCUCGGCAGCGCGGGCGCUGGUCCCAGCCUCCCAGCAACAUCGAGAUGACAGUGAAAUCUAUGCUGGAUCUGCGUCAGUUGGAGUCUUUCUCUGUCUCCCGUUCUCCCAGUCGAGAUUCCCUGUCUCAAAACAGCAAUGGGGAUGACAGAGAAGACCAGGCAGAUCUUCCUGUGCACAAAGUUAGCAGCUCAGUACCUCCUCAAGAUAACCAGUCUUGUGUGAGACCUCAAGUGAUUCGGCUUGUGUCCUGUGAAGAGGAGAUUUUCUCUCAGGAACUGGAGCCUUCAGAGAGUGAGGAGUGUGUAAUCUACCCUGAGCAAGAUGAAAUCCAUCCAGCAGACCCUAGCAGUGAGUUCCAGGUAAAGGCAUUGCCCCAUGGGAAGCUGAGUAGAGGUUAUCAGAGUAAUGGAUGCCCAGACAAACACAGUCCUGACAGUGCCUGCUCUGUAGAUUACAGCAGCAGUCGUCUGUCCAGCCCAGACCAUCCCAAUGAAGAUUCUGAAAGCACUGAGCCCCUAAGUGUGGAUGGCAUCUCAGACUUGGAGGGAGAAGAAGGAGAGGAGGAUGUGGGCACCAGCAUGGCAGAGGGAGAAGUCCCCCAGCCACCUGAUCAGGAGAGGUUUCUCAAACAGCAUUUUGGGACACUGAGCAGCACUGAUAGAAAAGGUGGCUCAUGUAGGAAUCUGGAAAGAACUGAAACCCACAGCAUUUCUUCUCGUUUUCUUUCCCAGUGCCCGGCUCUCAGACGACUGUCACUCUCUUCAUCAAAUCUGGUGCUGGAUUCAAAGCCCCUUGAGCCACCAACCCAGACCAAUCAAUUUACAUCAGACCUGCUGAAAAAAGACAGCAGCCAUCCUGAUGAUGCACUGGAGACCACUCAGCUCCUGGAGAGUGUAAAUACAAAUCGGGCUCUUUGUGUCCAGAAAAAACGCCGAUCAGCUUUGGAGGCAAGCAGAGUUGGGAUGGCUCCAGGAAGGGUUAUUCCAUCCUUUCCAGAAGGCCCUGUGAAUGUUGGGAUGAGAAAGGCACAGUCAGUUCAUGACCUCGUUCAUGAGGAUAAGGGUCCUGGAGUGAUAUCCUCUGCCAAGCAGCGUCCUCAUACUCUUUUGGUGGUUGAGAAAGAUCCCAGACCUAACAAUUGCAGGGUGUUAUCAGCCAGUAUGUUGAAGAUGGAUGGAUCUGGUGCUCUGCUGGCCAAAGAUGUCAGGGCUGCAAAACCAAAGUCCUACAUGAAUCCCACAACCAGCUUCCGGGCUAAGAUGUCACGGAGUGUAUCUGUAGGGGAAAAUCUGUACCUGGGUUACUCCACUGAAAUGUUGAUUGAUGGGAGAACUAGUCCUCCAGUGGCAGAGAAGACACAGUCUAGUUCCACAACAGAUGCUGAGAAGAUGAAGCUACCUGUGAAAGAAAAUGCUCUAGUGAAGCCAGCACUUCAGCCAGUUGUAAACUGCUCAUCUCCAAAGUCCUUCCACAGCAAGUUGGCAUCAUCCAACCGAGCACAUCUGAUUCUUGACAUUCCCAAGCCAUUGCCUGAUAGACCCACACUGGCCUCCUUCUCACCCACUACCAAAUCAAAAACCCUGCUUGAGCCACAGUCUCCACAGUCUCCUGCUGGGCCCUGUAAAAAGAAACCCUCUAUUCCUGAGGUCCGAGCCUCCAAAAAGGAGACUCAAAAUGCUGUCUCUUUGGUUCCUGGUAGAGAGAUCCCAGCAGGACUUGCUAAGGAGAGCCCAGUGGAGAGUCCAGUCUCAAGGACAGUUUGCCAGGAUGAGCCAGGGGUUACUAACCCAAAACUGAAGGAUUUGUCAGAGGGCUGGCACCUCAGGUCUCCUGAAGGCACACUGAGGUGCAGGGAGAAGAUCACCAGCAUCGCCUGCAUGCUGGAGAAUCAACCUGGAUUUUGCCCUCUAGACCCCAUCAGGCCGAGGUCUCCUACAGCUCUCACUGCCUCAGCACAGGUCUCAGACUCGUGCAUCAGCAUAGAGCAGUGUGAGCACGUGGUGUCUGAGCUGCAGGACAGCAUGCGCAAAGCCCUUCACCUUUACCGCCUGGUGUUAAAUGAUACAGAGUCUUCUACUGACAAAGACAAAAUAGCAGGCCUCUUGACAGAAACAUUCUCCACAAUGAAGAAAGAAUUGGACUCUCUGAAGGAUGAGGAAGAGCUUCCAAAGGUUAAAGAGGUACUGGCAAAGCCACAAGAUAGCACUAGCCCACUGACUGAGGGAUGUGGUGCCAACCUACCAAGUCCCAAGAGUCUGGGACAUGAGCAGACUCUGGCUUUGCUGGAACAGUACUCAGAGCUAUUACUACAAGCUGUGGAACGACGCAUGGACAAAAAACUCUAAGAGGGGGUGGCUUUCAGCUGUUUGUUGAUACACAGAAUUAAUCCCAAGAAGAGGACCACAGAGCGAGCUUCAGAUGGAAACUAUCAUUGCACUGGGCUAGGGCUGGUGGAGCAACCUUGAUAAGCUGAUUUCCCCAGGCCUCUACAACUGAUUUGCUCUAAUUCUUAGCAAUGUGCUGGCCACACUUCUAGUAAUUUUUUUCCCCAAUGGUCUUCAACUUCCUGUCUCUAGACAAAGUCUUGAAAGAGGAGUUUGGAGAAGAUGCCAUGAAAUUUCUUCAUAGCCAGGAGGUCAGGAUGUUUGGCACAUAAAAAAACAAAGAAAAUCCAGUUUAUCCAAGAAAUUCUGAACUGCUGACUAAAUACAAAGGAGUCCAAGUGAAGCCAAUUCUUUCUUCUCUAAGGCUUCAUGAGAAUCAAGAAGCAGACUUUUUAUGGGUUUAUUUAUUAAUUUAUUUUUCUGACUGUUGGUCUAUGUCACGCUUGUGGCUGUUACCUUUGUCUUUUAACAAAAACUGUCAAUCCCUUUGCCAUAUCCCAGCGAGAAACAAUCUCUGUAUUAUAAACCUCCAACAGGGAGACAGGCUGGAGUGUCUGUGCAAUUAAUGAACUGUUUUCUGCUUAAAUUUUGUCUUGCUGUUCUUUCUUUUCCUGCCUUAGUUUUGUUACCUGGAGUCAUCCUAUUGUUGUCAUGACAACCCUGUCUGUUUUUCUCUAGUUUCAAGAGAGUCCCCACACUGUAUUUUACCUGUAUUUACCUCCAGAGGAAGGCUCUGCAAACCUUGGACCAUACUUUAGCUAUUAUGUAAUGAAGUCAGUAGUGGUAAUUGGAUGUUAUAUUGAUAUUUCAGACUGGGUUUUCUGCAGAUGUUUUUAAACAGUAUUUAGAUGCAAAUAUGAAAGGUUUUUUUCAGCCACCUUUCAUAUUUAGGAUUUGGAUAUUGACUUUGAUGCUCUCAUGACUGGGAAAUCUGGGGUGGUGAUUUAUUUGUUGAGAAAUGACAUAGAAAUGCUGGUUUCCAGCUCUUAGAGUGUAACCCUGGAUUUGAGAGAUGUUCAGUGCAACGGCUCAUCCUUGUCUUUUGUUCAUUUUACUGUGACAGAAAAAUGUUUUCUUCUUGUUUCUCCAGGAAAAGAGAAUAUUUACAUCCCAUUUGCAUCUCUUAACUUUUGUAAAGCUGUUUCAACUACCCUCAGAAAAUGGUUUCCAAAGAACUUUGAACAAGAUAACUUCAGGAUGUGAUUACCACCACUUACCCUGCCCCUAGCAUCUUUGCUUUUUAUUAAUUUCUUGUCUGAGAAAAAGAAAAACUUCCUCUCCUGCAUUUGUGUGUGCAAUGCUAUUCUCACCUUGUGAAGCUUCUGAAAGGCCAUGAUAAUCAGUGUUUCUUGUGGCUUCACACUGUCCAGUGAUUUAUUUUUCUUUCAAUGAUAAGCUAAGAGAAAAUAUUUUCAAACUGAUUAAAUUCUGCAUUACCUUCCCCCUAACUCCCACUCCUUUCCACAACGGGGACAGAUAAGCAAAAUACUCUAUUUCUUCCUCCAUCUCUGGUCUGCCUUGUAUUUAUUUUAAGGCAGAACAGUGUAAUCCCAGUUUAUAAAACUAAUGCAAACGACAAGCCUUUGGUGAGGGAGAGGCUGAUAGCAUCUGUGGAAGCCACUCAAAGGCAGCCAGACUGCAUUGCUUGAUUCCAGAGGCCUGAAGCAAUUUUCUUACAUUUUACUGUCCUGUCUAUCAUGUCUUUGAACUCCUGUGGCGCUUGGAAGUGUGAUCUGUUGACUUCUUGUCUUUCUGUGACUGGAGGUCUGCAGUGCAGCCUUUUUUCUUGUGGGUUGACCACACUAGUGUAGAAUAACCUGUUUUUUCUGAGUAACUCCAGGGUUGAAUGAUCUGCAGUUCUCACUCUCCUUCUAGGAGAUUUGCAGACUGAACAACACUGGCAAGUAUGAGGAGUUCUUAGAGAGCUUUCUAGCUAAUUCUACCUGUAAUUUAAAUCUACCUAAUCAGGUUUCAGGUUUCCUUGCUAGCCUUCCCUUCUAGGGGCUUGUACUGAAAAAUUAAAAGUGUUACUUUCUAGUCCUGUAUCAGCAUUGCACUGUGCUCAAUCAGCUGUCCCAUGCUCAGUCCCAUGGGCAGCAUCUUUUGCACAGGCAAAACCUGCAAAGGAAGGCAAGUUGAAAACCAGAGAGGAAAUUUCUGGCAGUUUCCUUGAGUGAAAAGGUGUGCUGGAGACACCGUGAGUCCAAUGUAUGUUUGCAGUUGUGUUGGGUAUGUGAUAGAGACAAUGUGGGUCAAGCUUGCUUUUGUGGUGGUGAAUUCCUCUACUUUCAGACUGUGAACACAUGUCCUAGUAUGCAGGAAAAUUCUUGCUGUGCUGGGGCUACAAGACACUCAGGUAAAAUCUAUCUCUUGGUUCUGGUGAGAGCUGUUUGACGGCCCUUAAUAUUGCUUCCCUGUGCAAUUUUAUUCCAUUUUAUUAUUUAAACUUUGAGACAGUGGCAACAAGAGUUGAGGGUAGUGGUGAGAAUGAAAUUCCCAUUAAGGUAAAGAGCAACAACCAGUGAAGAUGACAUUAGAGUAUGAAGCAAAGCUUCUUGGAAAUCAGUUGCAUGAAGCAAAUCUGGUUGGGUUUUUUUCUUGUUGUUUUUUUUUUUUAAGCUGAUCAAGAGUGUGUUUUGCUCACUGUAAUGGGUUGUGCUUGGGAGGCAGCUGCCUAUGGGAAACCAGAGGUAAAAUUAGAUCAGAAUGAUGAUAAGAGAAGUGUUGGGCAAGUAGAUAAGCUGGACAGUGGUUGUGUAGUUUAAAAUAAAUUAGAAUAGUGUAUGCGGGAGAUACAGGAAAACAGAGUAGUGAUAAAUCUAGUCUUGGCCUGAGGAAUACCAUUUGGCCAAUAUAUGUGAAAGAUACAAUAUAGAAAAGCUUCAGUAAAGUAGAUUUAGGAGUGAGAUAUUGAUCUGUAAUUGAAGAAUAAAAAGGAAGAGUUUUGUCUUUAAAUAUGUGUUAUUGGGCCUCUUGUUUCUUUGCUUGCUUUCUUCUAAACAGCUGUUUUUUUCCUUAAAUGGCAAAGUUGUUUGCUGUUUGCCCAAAGCUUGGAGGUUAUGAACUGGGUAGUAGAAGUCCAGUAAAGGGAUGCUGGUGCCACAAGUUUGUUGCUGAGAGAGAUGAGGAGAUAAUGUUCUAUUUUCUGAGUUGAGACUGAUCUGAUUUUUCCCUGCUAACUUCCUGUUGCUGGCAAUAGGAGAUAUUCCUAAAAAUUCUAGUUUACAUAACAAAGAGAGCAUAAAUGUGUUGCAUUUUGUUGCACCUUGUAAAUACAUUCCACCACAGGCUGACCAUUGAGCCAGGCAGAGAAAUACUGAGAAGUAACUGCUUGGGUAGUGAAGAGGCUUGUGAGGGAGGUAUUAAGACUUGAGUCCAUUCCUCUUACCGGUUUGUGUGGGUGUUAGCAUAGGCACAACCAUAUACCUGUGUUAUGACCAGUUAUUUGUUUAACAUAAAGCCUGAAAAAAUAAUUUACCUAUCCCCUCAACAUACAUUUUGUCCCCUCCAACCCAACAUUCCUGUUGAAAAUAAGAAUAGUUGUUUUUUUUUUCCUCUCCAUCUUGUAAAUAGUUUAACUUUGCCUCUGGGACCCCUUGGGUCAUUCUUGAGCCGUCUGAACUGUAGGAGGAGCUGCAACCUGAGAGGGUAGGGUAACAUCAUCCCUCAGCAUCCCCCAGGAGCUGUGUUUAUCCUACCUCCUCUCUCAGUUGUCCUCUCCUUUCCUACAACCUCCCAGGCGAUGGUUGGGGCAGGGCUUACAGCAGUCCCCUCCCCAGAGCCCCAUUUCGCAGGCUCCAUGGUGACUCAGAGGAAUUGGGACGUUUCUUUGGGGGAAUAGAAACAUACAAACUUUGUUUUGUUUUGUUUUUUUUAAAGGAAUAAUAUGUAUAUAACUAUAUAUAAGAAAAAACGAGAAACAGGUAUUUAAGCACCAUCAGUAAAUUAAUGCAUGUGUACGGUGUCUCCUCUCACCCCAACCCCGCUGGAUGUGCGGCAUCCAGGAUGAAAAAUGACAAAAACCUCAUUAAAAAUCACAGGUCUUAAGUAGCCCCUGAGGGAGCAGGUGCUUCCUUCUCUGGAUCGGACCAGCAUGUCCCAGAUUUCAGACAGCAAGGGGGGGCGGCUGGGGCUGUAUCCCUGCCAGCAUCCUGCUGUAGGGCGUGGAGAAAGGGAGGAGGGGGCUGCGUGGGGCCAUAGGAAUAAAAGCCAUGAGGAGCUGUGUCCGCUCCGCACUUCUGGGCUCCCCGACACUGCCCCUGUGUCCUGCACCCCUUAAAAACAAACAAAACAACCCAAAACAGCGGCAACAAAAAGAUCCUUUCCCGCUUUAUUUAUAAAUGCUUGUUUUUAUACUUUCUGGCUUUCGGUCAAAUAAUCUUUUAAAAAAAUGUCCUUUUUUUUUUUUUUUUUUAAAUCAUUCGGUAAACAAAUAAUAAAUCAUUUUGGUUGGUUGGUUGGUUGGUUUUUUUUGUUUGUUUGUUUUUGCACUGUGAGGCUCCUUAGGCGAGCGAUUUUUAACUCUGUAUCCAUUUGUACUCCGUGUCUUCAACUGUUUCAAAUAAAAACGUGAACAUUUGUUAA